AUGCCUGCCCUCAUCGAUCUCAACAGCGCCACAGAGGACCAUGAAGCGCCGUCGUCUCACCCCUCCUCCGUCUGCCUCGAACUCUGGCACGCUUGUGCGGGUCCUAUGAUCUCCUUGCCCAAGAAAGGGACCCUUGUCGUGUACUUCCCACAAGGACACUUGGAACAACACCUUCACGAUUUUCCGCUCCCUGCUUCUGCUAACAUCCCCUCCCAUCUCUUCUGUCGCGUUCUCGAUGUCAAGCUCCAUGCUGAGGAAGGGAGCGAUGAAGUAUAUUGUCAGGUGGUGUUGGUUCCCGAAAGUGAGCAAGUGCAUCAUAAGUUGCGGGAAGGAGAAAUUGAUGCUGAUGGUGAAGAGGAUGCUGAAGCUGUGAUGAAGUCUACAACACCCCACAUGUUCUGCAAGACUUUGACCGCUUCUGAUACUAGCACUCAUGGUGGAUUCUCUGUGCCUCGUCGUGCUGCGGAAGAUUGCUUUCCACCCCUGGAUUACAGUCAACAGAGACCUUCACAGGAGCUUGUGGCGAAGGAUCUGCAUGGCCAAGAAUGGAGGUUUCGACAUAUUUACAGGGGGCAACCACGACGACACUUGCUUACCACUGGGUGGAGUGCAUUUGUGAACAAGAAGAAACUUGUAUCUGGAGAUGCUGUAUUGUUUCUUAGGGGUGAGGAUGGAGAACUAAGAUUGGGAAUUCGUAGGGCCGCUCAAUUGAAAAGUGGCAGUACCAUUUCAACUCUUGCUGGCCAGCAAUUGAAUCUUAGCAGUCUGAUGGAUGUGGUUAAUGCUUUAUCAGCAAGAUGUGCCUUUAGCAUUCACUAUAAUCCAAGGGUCAGCUCAUCUGAGUUCAUCAUACCUAUCAAGAAAUUCUUGAAGAGCCUUGAUUAUUCUUAUUCAGUUGGAACAAGAUUCAGGAUGCGUUUUGAAACUGAAGAUGCUGCAGAGCGAAGAUUUACAGGAUUGAUUGUUGGAAUUGCUGAUGUGGAUCCUGUUAGAUGGCCUGGAUCAAAAUGGAGAUGCCUAAUGGUUAGGUGGGAUGACUUGGAAGCCACUAGGCAUAAUAGGGUUUCACCAUGGGAGAUUGAACCAUCUGGUUCUGCAUCUACUUCAAAUACCUUGAUAUCAGCUGGUUUGAAGAGGACCAAGAUUGGAUUGCCUUCAACCAAGCUAGAAUUUCCAGUUUCCAAUGCAAUUGGAGCAUCAGACUUUGGGGAAUCUCUAAGGUUCCAGAAGGUCUUGCAAGGUCAAGAAAUGUUGGGUGUUAAUACUUCUUUUGAUAGUAUUAGUGGUCAGAGUCACCAGCUAUCUGAUUUGAGGAGAUGCUAUUCUGGCUCGAACUGUCCUAGGAUUGCUGCAACAGGAAAUAACAUUGGAAUUCCGCAAGUGAGUUCCAAUGUUUCCUGCAAUGGCAUAGGCUUUAGUGAAUCUUUCAGAUUCCAGAAGGUCUUGCAAGGUCAAGAAAUACUUCCAAGCCAACCAUAUGGAAGGGCCCUGUCUGUAGAUGAGGCUUGUGGAAAUGAUCGCUUUGGACCUUUUGAUGGUUACCAUGCACUGAGAUCCAGAAAUGGAUGGUCUUCCCACAUGAGUAACAAUUCUUCACAUUUGCAUCCUCCUGUUCCAUCAGGGCAAGUUUCAUCUCCAUCAUCUGUGUUAAUGUUCCAGCAAGCAGUCAAUCCAGUUUCAAACUCUGAUUAUAACAAAAUUAGUCAGGUGAUGGAAGGUAAACUCCAUCAGCAACGUUCACACACUUCCGAAUUUAAAGGCGGGAAAUUUGUAUCAACCCCAUAUGAGCCUCUUCGUGGACUAGCUCAAGAAGGCACACAUUCUUUCGGUGUCUCAAACUUGCAUAAUCAGUUAGAAAGUUCACGUUCACAUGAUUCCAUUUCAGCACUUAGGGCCAGUCAAGAGUUGGUUCCCUCAUGUAAAAGUGGAUGCAGAGUCUUUGGCUUUUCAUUAACUGAGGGUGCUCCCGUUUCUAAUAAAGAAGUAGCUGCUGCUAACCCAUCUCCAGUCACAUGCUCUGGACCUUCCUUUGCAAGACAUGUCGAAGAUGAUUUCCAUCCAGGGCUUACACUUAGGAGCAAGACAGUGGGAAGUUAUUGCACCAAAGGUGUGCUGCAAUAUUGA